UAACGGGUGUAAAUUAAGAAAGGAAGAAACUCAAGUUUAAUCUCUCUCUCUCUCUCGGUCAUUUGAUCAAACACCUCUCCUUCAUCGUUCUCAUCACUCACCUACAGCCAUGGCCGCCGCUUCCUCCGCCUCUGCUACUCUCAAAUCCGUUUCUCCAUCCGCCAAGCUCCCCUCCACCUACCCCGCCUCUCCCUCCCUUCUCAAACUCCAGCCACUUCACAACCCAUUUGUCCCCCGAAAUCUCCGCAUCAGCACCGCCUCCUCCGGCCCCGCCGCCGCCAAGAGACCGCUCACUGUCCGCAGCCAAUCCAGUUCAGCUCCCAAAGUUCAGGAACUGUAUGUGUACGAGAUCAACGAGAGGGAUCGCGGCAGUCCGGCGUAUCUCCGGCUGAGCCAGAAACCAGUCAACUCUCUCGGCGACCUUGUCCCUUUCAGCAACAAGUUGUACACAGGGGAUUUGCAGAAGAGGGUGGGGAUAACGGCCGGAAUCUGCAUCCUAAUCGCGCACGAGGAGGAGAAGAAAGGCGACCGUUACGAGGCGAUCUACAGCUUCUACUUCGGCGAUUACGGUCAAAUCUCCGUCCAGGGGGCGUACCUGACCUACCAGGAGACGCAUCUGGCGGUGACCGGCGGAUCUGGGAUUUUCGCCGGAGUUUCAGGCUAUGUCAAGCUCCAGCAGCUCAUUUUCCCCUUCAAGCUCUUCUACACCUUCUACUUGAGUGGCAUUCCCGAUCUCCCCGCCGAGCUGUGCGUCACGCCGGUGCCGCCCUCCCCCGCCGUCGAGCCCUCUCCGGCGGCCAAAGCGUGUGCCCCGGGUUCCACUCUUCCCAAUUUCACCAAUUGAUUCUAAACACUGCCCCCGACUGUCCAGUUUUACUUUUAAGAUUUACCGCAGUAUUUAUCAUUUUCACUGAGCCUCAUUUACCUGGCGUAACAUAGACUCGCUUCUUAGAUCAUUUUCGAAGUCAAUAAAAGCCAUGGGGCUUCAAUAUCUUUCUCUUUGAUAUGUUGGUAUUAUUUGGCAUGUAUUGGUAAUUCUCUUUAUAAUAUGGAGUACCAACUGAAAUUAUUAUUCUAAUUCAAUAUAUUAUUAUAGACUAGUUUUUAAGAGUUGGUGUUUAAUUAAAAACUAAAACUAUACAAAGUUA